AUGCGUACCACAUUGGCAAAGUGCCCCAUUGUGCAGUGGGAAACUGCAGUGUUCUAUUUCGAGCAGAUCGCGAAGGAAUCAGGGUUGAUUCUUUUCUCUGGGUUUUACUGGCUGAAGUUGUCAAAUAGUAGCACCCCAGAGAAAGUUUACUGCAACAGAGAAACGGGCUACCCCGAGGUAUCUUCAUGUCGUCUCCUCUUCAGCUAUCACCCCACUGCCCAGUCGGAGUACUACACUCUGUUACUCCGAGACGGGGUACGUUUGGUGGUGUACUGUGACCGUGACUCCGGUUUACCCCAGCCUGAGUCUUGCGGGCAGGCGUACCAACUAGAGCUGCCAUCAGGACACUACACCCUUCGUCCUCCACCUACAAACCUCGCUCUAAACUACACCGUUUUCUGCGAUAUGGACCAUGAGCAGUGUGGGGCAGAUGGAAAAUGGUGGACCCACAUUGCCAGCCUUAACAUGUCGACCACCCAACACCCUCUUGCAAUCUAA